AAGCCAGACGGCUUACGUAAAAAAUAAAAAAAAUAAAAAAAAAUAAAAAAAAAGAACCGAGAAGUAAUUGGUGUUGAAAAUUGUUUACUCGAAUUUAUUGCCAAUUGGCUAAUUUAACCCGAGCUCGAUACGCUCCAUUUAACACAGUUAUACUUACGCUCUUCUGAGCGCGCGCUCCGACGAAACAAUUGGAAUAUCUGCACGCGUUUGUUUGCAAAAAUUGAUCAAAUAAAAGAAAAAGAAGAAGAAAAAUAAAAGAACCUCGUUCAACUUCGACGAAUGUAUAAAAAUAACUAUUUAGCGAUUCUUCUUUCUAGGUUAUACGUAGACGACAAUUGAUGCUCGCCGUUUGUUGGCACUUUGUUUAAUUCAAAUAACGUGUCAAUAUGGUAUUUGAAUCGAAGAUCAGCAAAUUCUCCGCAAGGUAUUUGACACAAGGCGCUGAUUUUUUAAUCUCACCUCAACCUCGACUAUUCGUUAACAGUGCCGUCAGCUGCGGCAGCAGAGAUUCCGGCAUAAUCACAGUUGCCAACCCGUGAAUAACAAGAAUAUUUCGCUCGUAUUAGCAUGACAGCGUGAGGCGAGCGAUAAGAAACGCCGCAAUCUUCUCAGAGAAGAUAUUUAGCGCUUCACCUGUGCCGUUCCAAAUUCACCAUUCAUUUCCCGGGGAUGAUCGACAAGAACAAGCCUAUCCGAGUAUUUACGGAUCACUUAGGCUUAAUGUGAUUGAAAAUACCACCUGAUAUCGCGCGAAGAUGGCCAUCGGCAAUGUGAUUUGCGGAGCAAACACUCCAAAAGUGAAACGAAAGAAGGUCAAGACAACAGCGCGGAGUUGGAUAGAAGCUACUUUUCAAAAGAGGGAAUGCGCAAAAUUUAUUCCUAGUCCUCGAGAUGAGCACAGAUGCUGCUGCGGGCAUUCCUUCACAUUUCACUGCGGAACUGGCGCCGAUGUUCAAACUCAUUCCACCGCUGGCGCCAGCGCUGCUACCGGAGAUAAAAAAAUUGAUCAUGAACGAGAGGUUUGGACUCCGGGUAAAAAUACUCGAAUUAGCCCGACCGAUGCAUAUGGCACGAUUGAGUUUCAGGGUGGACCUCAUCCAACCAAAGCGCAGUAUGUCAGGCUCGCAUACGAUACUCGACCAGAGCCUAUUGUUCAACUACUGAGGCACGAAUGGAACCUCGAUUUACCAAAGUUAUUGAUCACCGUUCAUGGUGGGAGAUCGAAUUUCGAGCUACAGCCAAGCUUGAAGAAAGUCCUUAGAAAAGGCCUUUUAAAAGCAGCAAAAACAACGGGUGCUUGGAUCUUUACGGGCGGAACAAAUACCGGUGUAACACGACAGGUUGGCGAUGCUCUGCUUUUGGAGCGUUCAAAUCAGAGACAGGGGAGAGUCGUCAGUAUCGGUAUUGCGCCUUGGGGGAUACUUGAGAAUGGACACGAACUGGUCGGUCGGGGACGCGACGUUCCUUAUCACGCCAUUGCAUCUCCAAGGUCCAAAUACGCUGUACUGAACAGCAGGCAUGCAUAUUUUCUUUUGGUUGAUAAUGGAACUGGAGGGAGAUAUGGAGCUGAAAUAAUGCUGCGAAGGAAGCUUGAAAAAUACAUAUCAAAUCAGAAACUUCAGCCAUACACGCAUAGUAGCAUUCCCGUUGUGGCACUUGUAAUCGAAGGAGGAACAAACACUAUCCGAGCAGUUCUUGAAUACGUUACAGAUGAACCGCCAGUCCCUGUCGUGGUUUGCGAUGGUUCCGGUCGGGCAGCCGACCUCAUUGCUUUCAUGCACAAGUACGCGACAGAGAGUGAAACAGAGGGUGACGGCUUGCCAGACGGGAUGCGUCUACAUUUGUUAGGCACUAUUAGGCACACCUUUGAAGUUUCUACCGAACAGGCGGAACAACUGUACUUAGAGCUACUUCAGUGCACACGUAACAAAAACCUUAUUACAGUAUUCAGAAUUACGCAUGACCGGCCUCAAGAACUUGACCAAACAAUCCUCACAGCCUUAUUUAAGUCGCAGCAGCUCUCGCCAGCUGAACAAUUAUCACUGGCUCUGACUUGGAACAGAGUCGAUAUAGCUCGUAGCGAAAUAUUUGUAUACGGACAAGAAUGGCCGCCCGGAGCACUCGAACAAUCCAUGAUGCAGGCUCUACAGCACGACCGAAUUGAUUUUGUAAAACUUUUGCUUGAGAAUGGUGUUUCAAUGCGUAAAUUUCUCUCCAUACCUCGUCUCGAAGAUCUCUACAACACAAAAGAAGGGCCAUCCAACACUCUUGGCUACAUUUUGAGGGACGUGAGACCACACAUACCGCGUGGAUAUAUUUAUACACUGCACGACAUCGGUCUUGUGAUUAAUAAGCUGAUGGGUGGAGCUUAUCGGGCUCAAUACACUCGGCGAAAAUUUAGAGCGGUUUAUUCUCGAGUUAUGAAGAAGUCUGGUGGACACGCGCAUCACGCUCAUGCCCAUCGUACCAAUAGUGCAACGAGUUUUGCUGGUCGAUGUUACUCGGUUAGCGGCGCUGCUGGAAAAACUGAUAGUUUGACGAUGACUCUGCUGGCCGAGACGCUGCCAGGGGACAGAGACACACCGCUCUUCGAUUUUCCGUUCAACGAAUUGCUGAUAUGGGCUGUGCUAACGAAACGUCAACAAAUGGCGCUUCUUAUGUGGCAACACGGGGAGGAAGCAUUGGCCAAAGCGCUGGUAGCUCUAAAACUUUACAAGGCAAUGGCGCACGAAGCUGCGGAAGACGAUCUUGAGACAGAGAUUUACGACGAACUGCGUAGUUACGGCAAGGAAUUUGAAACUAUCGCCUUAGAGCUUCUGGAUUUUUGUUAUCGACAAGACGACGAUCAAACUCAACAGUUGCUAACGUCAGAGCUUCAGAAUUGGUCAGGUCAGACGUGUUUGUCACUUGCUGUAACUGCGAACCAUCGUCCUCUUCUAGCACAUCCUUGCAGUCAAAUUAUUCUCGCUGACCUCUGGAUGGGUGGCCUACGAACACGUAAAAAUACGAAUCUCAAGGUAGUACUUGGCCUGCUGUGUCCGCCAUACAUAACACGGCUGGAAUUCAAAAGUCGAGAAGAGCUGCAGCUUAUGCCACAGACACAGGAGGAACAUUUAAUUGCUCUUGAGGACGAAGAUGAAGACAGUGACUACGAGCAAGGAGUCACUCCCACAUUAGCGUCGGCUCCGGCACACCCCGAAGUCGAGAAACGUCCACGUAGCAGCUUGAGUAUUCGCAGCAAAUCCUCUUGCAGUCAGCAAGGCAUCAAGGCACUAAUUUCCACUGAAAAUGGAACAAUAACUGCAAAAGACACAAUCGUUCGAGAGAAUGGUAAAGUUAUAACAGAUCACGAUGAUUGCAGUCCCAGAUUUGUUCACUCCUUGCCCGAAUACUAUGAUAUAAAAACAAACCGACCCUUACGUCUGAAAAAGAAGCUCUACGAAUUUUAUACAGCUCCUAUUACCAAAUUUUGGGCAAGUUCGAUUGCGUACAUAGUAUUCUUGGUGCUAUUCUCAUAUUGCAUUCUUGUGAAAAUGGGUCACAUGCCUGCCUGGGCUGAAAUAUACUCCAUUGCCUACAUUUGCACACUCGGCUGUGAAAAAGUUCGGCAGAUAGUGUCUUCCGAGCCAGCAACUUUAUCCCAUAAGUUCAGUGUCUGGGCAUGGAAUAUGUGGAACCCGUGCGACGCCGCUGCCAUUCUAUUUUUUCAAAUUGGUCUCAUUCUACGGUUGAGAAUGCCCACUAUGGAAGUAGGGCGUGUUAUUUAUUGUGUGGAUUGUAUAUAUUGGUACCUGCGAAUUCUCAACAUUCUCGGAGUCAACAAGUACUUAGGUCCUUUGGUUACAAUGAUGGGAAAGAUGGUGAAGAAUAUGAUAUACUUUGUUGUACUGUUGCUAGUUGUACUGAUGAGCUUUGGCGUAGCCAGACAAGCUAUUCUUAAUCCUAAUAGUGAACCCAAGUGGCGAAUUUUGCGAGAUAUAUUUAUGGAGCCAUAUUUCAUGCUUUACGGUGAAGUGUACGCGGACAAUAUAGAUCCAGACUGCGGAAAUGACCCAGGACAGGUUCCGUGCCUUCUGGGAAGGUGGAUAACACCCGCUGCCAUGUCCGUCUACCUUCUCGUGGCCAAUAUUCUCUUGAUCAAUCUCCUGAUAGCAGUAUUCAACAACAUAUUCAACGAAGUGAACGCUGUCGCCCACCAAGUAUGGAUGUUCCAACGUUUCACCGUCGUCAUGGAGUACGAACAGAAACCGGUUCUCCCUCCACCACUGAUUAUAGUUUCGCACAUCUAUUUGCUCAUUAAAUACAUCAUCAGAUGCGUCAGGCAAGGCGAGAUGCGUUCCACAGAAGCAUAUGACAAUGGGCUGAAACUCUUUCUCGAGGAGGAUGAUAUGGAGCGAUUAUACGACUUUGAGGAGGAUUGCGUCGAGGGAUAUUUCAGGGAACAAGAACUCAAACUACAGAUGUCGACAGACGAGCGAGUGAAAGUAACAACCGAACGCGUGGAGCACAUGCAUCAGAAAAUCGAGGACAUCGACAAGAAGGAAAACAGUAGGAACGUUUCCUUGCAGGCUGUAGAAUUUAAGAUGCGAAAAUUGGAGGAGCUGAACGAACAGACGUUGGCUCAUUUAGGAGUAAUACAUCGUUUCAUGGCGACUCAUACGUCGAAUUUAGAUCUACCGCGGUUCGACCCAACCACAGAACCACGUACCAGACGAGCUUCUGAGAGAUCGGAGGCCGCUUCCGAGUCAGACUUAAUCACGCAAUCGCCUCUGCUUCACACCCGACGCCGCAAACUCUUGAAAUCAUUAACGGACGCAACCUUCUUCCCAACAACAACAACGCCAUUGGAGGACGAGGUACCUUUACGAGCUACGAUUCUUAGCUCGCUGGACAAUCUGAGCAAGAACGAUUCGUCGAACAAUAGUGACGAACCAGCUUCUCAGGAGGUUUUCAAAACCUCGGAAAGUAGAGAGAGCAACGUUAGCGAGGGGAAUGCAAAACCAGAGAAAGAAAUUAACGAUCAUUAUAAAAGGUCGGGCAGUGUUGACGUCACAUCGACUUCGGCGUUCGAGGCGAGACGCGAUUCCUCGGGUCAUCCUCCGUCGGUGAGGCAAUCGAGCCGCACGCUCUCUGAGCCGGAUAAUCUUCUCGCUCCUCCUGUGAGCGGUGCGCAAAGAGUGACGUGGGCCGAGCCGAAGGUAGCUGUGAUACCGAGCUCUGCGGGGAGUAAUAACGCCUCGUCUAAUCAGAGGUCGGUUCUUCUCGCAAUGCGGUCCGAGUACACCAGCAUCACCGACGAGCUCGAAAGUUACUGCGGGCUGUUGAGUCCCCCCAGAACUCCGCCUGUCUCGCCUCCUCCUCGUCGAGGAAGAUACGCAUCGGAGAUGUCAAACCCCGAGAUGGCUCUGCACAUUGAGAAGGAGCAUCUACGCGACGCCGAGGAGUGCGACUAUCAACUUAUGGAGGGACUUAUACAUCGGCGAUACAUGCACGAUACGGACAUAGCGGAGGAUGCAGAAUCCGAUGACAACGAGGACAGCGCCUUCUUCCUGACUGUACACAACGAACGGCGACAGCUCAGACGGGCCUCCGCCAUCGAAGAUGAAACCUUCAAAUCCCGACCCACCAUCAGCGUCACCAAAGAAAUCGAACAGACUCUAGCUCGACCUCCUAUUCGAGAGAGUGAUAAUGAUCUACCCGCCGAUCAUGGCCUCAGCACAUGUCCUGCUCCGGCGUCUGAGACGAUGUGUUGAUUUGUGCCAUCAUUUUUUUCAGUCAGUCGCGGAUAGCUUAGUACAUGAUUUUUGGCUCGUGCCUUGGUUAUUCGCAGUCAUUUGUCGGUGGCCUCAUUGAUUUUUUUAACUGGUAUUUCAAAUGGAAUAUUCUCUACGAUUCAUCUUCCAGUAUUCCACAUUGUGACGUACAUAAUGCGUGCGCGCACACGCGCACACACACAGAGAUCUUCCGUUGUGCUUUUAUAAUCGACUGUAUCUUACAGAUUCUUAUGAAGUCUGUAUGUUUGCUAUACAUAUCUUUUUUACUUCUAUUCUGUAAAAUUUAGAAAUUGUGAUACAUGUUUUAGUAUACACUUAGUGUAGCCGGCAAUAUCAUCUUAUACACAUACGGCAAGUUCGACACUUGAUAAGAAUAUUUUGUAAUCAAUUCAGCUUUGGAAGAUACCACGCAUCUGAGUAAUAAUCAUUUAUUCGCUGCAGUAGCAAAAAUACUCUGAAACACAACCUUUCGCUGGAAACGGAAGUUGGAAUAAAUAUGAAUUGUUACUCGAUACUGUUAUAGUAUCUAGUAUAUACAUGCUUAACGAUCCUUUAGCGACCGUUUGAUUAGGUGAAUAUAUUUUAUUAGAUUUGCGAUUGCUAUGCAGGUAAUUUGAUAAUUAAAAUUAUUCUCAUCGUGUAUUUUUUGCAAUCUGUAGGUAAUUAGUUUAGAUUAGAUCUCAAAAGAGAACAUUUUGUUGGAUAUUUGUCUGGGGUGCGUUUUCUAGGUAUGACUUCGUGAAUCGAUCCUAUUCUAUGGUUCACGAUAGUUUUUUUCUCCUUUCUUUUCGUAGCCUCAUAAAGCAAAAACGUCUAGUUUACCCACGAUAGUCAUUGCUUCCAAUAAAUUGUUCUCUUACAGAUGUAGUGAACACGGUUUUUUUGUAAAAACUUGGUGAUUUAAAUUUAAUAUUUCUUCACGUUUAUAUGAGAUGAAAAUACGUAUAUGUAUACAUAUAUCUACAAUUUACAUGUGUAUUAUGAAUACCUUUACAUGUACGAGCGUAAUUUUUUUACGCUCAAUCUUAACUAUAUAUGUACUUCAAUAGAGCUUAUUAGCUUAUUGUAGUAUUAGUAAAUUCUAUCGAAGAUUUGAUUGAAGAAUUUGUAACGAUUAAUUAUUAACAAUCGGAAUUUGUACAUAAUAAUAAUAAUAAUAUCAAGAAUGAUAAUAACAGAGAGAUAGAGAAAGAGAGAGCGAGAGAAAGAGCUUAAAAUAAUGAAUGUUAUAGGUUUUGGAAAUUAAUCCACUAAUAUCGUGUGUCACCUACGACUUGUAAUUCGUACAUACCUACAUCCUCCAUGCGUCGGAAGCUUAUCAGCUUUGUAAUUGAGAAUUUCACUCGCAAUUCAAAGCUCCAAGCUUAUGCAAGUACACACUGUAAUAUUGCUCAAAGAAAAAAAAAAAAAAAAAAUAACCAAGAACAUAUGAAAACAAAUACAACAUAAUAAUAAUAUUAGUUGUGAAAUGAAAGUUGAAAAAAAAAAAAUAUAUAUAUAUAUAUAUAUAUACAUAUAUAUCGCAACCGUUGGAUCGCACUUCUAUUACUGAAACACGUAAUAUUUUAUAUAAUUAUGUUGACAAUUAUGAUUUACUUUGUUCGGUAUUUCAUUAGCUAAUUUUUGUUCAUUUAUUUAUUUAUUUUUUUCCAAACAGUCAAAUUUAUAUACCGCAAAAUUUUUCGACUAGUCACAAAUGUAGGCAAUAAUACGAAACUAUUUAGAAAAUUUUUUAUAUGGAGAUUCUUUUAUCAGCUGGACCACUUCUCCAUUUAUCUCUCAAACAUUUCUCGUUAUUUGUGUGUUUUUAGUACAAGUUUAAAAUAAACCAUUCGAUUUUUGCUCCAAAUUUUUAACCCAACGUUCUUAGAAAUUCGCGACAAUUAGGGCUCGAUGAAAAUUUUUUAGAACAGCAGUACGAAUAGUUUCAUAAUAAAAUUACCGAAGUAAAAUUAUAGUGGUAAAAAAUAUAUUUUCAGUUAUCUAGUUUUCCUGAGAUUUGACAUUUAUACCAUGUCUUAAUUCCAAAUCUCUACAUAAUGGUGCUGUAUAAGUUUUUUUAUUUUUUUUUUUUGUUGAUUUUGGUAGCGUUUCGGAAAAUUGAAUAAGUUCCGGGAAAAAUUUAGAGUACAAUGAAUUGUAGAAAAAAAAUAAAAAUUGUUUAUAAGCAUAAUUAUUUCCAAGCAAAUGACAGUGGAAACAAAAAAAAAAAAAAAAACAUAUCCAAGAAGUACAUGGAAAAAUUGGUCCAGUUUACAAAGAACAUCCGUAUUUUAAUAAAAAGUUACCAUAUCAAGGUUACCUAGCCUAGCUCAUAAUAUUGCAAUAACUUCAGUUAAAUCGUCAAACUAUGAUACGAUUAAUAAUUGUAGUAAGGCGAUAUAAUAAUAUAGUGUGAUAGGAUUUUUAUCUUUGAUCAAAUAGGUGGAUUAAAAGCUUAUUUUUCCUAUUUCCGUGUGACAAUAUAGCAACAUGUAUUUUUUCUAAAACAUGAGAUUAUGAAACAAAAAGACACACAAAAGAAGAAGAAAAAAAAAAAAGAAAAGAAACUGUAUAGAAAAGAAAUAAAGCG